GUCUCCUCCCUCCCCAUUCCCAACCCGCGCGCGCCCCCUCCUCCCCCUCCUCCUCCUCUUCCUCCUCCUCCCUGGAUUCCUACCUCUCGUUUCCCCGAGCAGACGCUCCCCUAUCCCGCUGCGAAGGAGAGGAGGCGGUGGCGGAGGCGGAGGUGGAGAUCGACCUAGCUAGCUAGCUCACGAUGUCGUGGCUCCGCAACGCGGUGCACCGCGCGGUGGAGGCGAGCGGCGGGCCCCUCCUCACCCGCACCGUCCGCUCCUCCCUCGGCACCGUCGUCCACCACGCCGGCCAGGCCGUCGCGGGCGGCGCCAGGCUCAUCAACGACCGCAUCGGGAGCCGGAGCUACAAGAGCAUGAGGCUGACGGCGAAGAGGCUGGAGGACGCGGCGCUGUCCUACAGAGGGGAGGACCGGGUGCAGCUGCUGCGCCGGUGGCUCGUCAUGCUCAGGGAGACCCAGCGCGCGGCCGCGGCGGAGAAGGAGGCGAAGCGCGCGGGCCAUCCUGAUCAACACCUGCCCGUGUUGGAUCUGUAUAUGGAUUACGAGACCGGGGCCGAGCCGAUGAACUUUAUCCAUGUCUUCCUCUACAGCCAAGCGCUCGAAUGCCUCGUUUUAUCCAUGAUUAUGGAAUUCCCUACUGAAGAAGAAGCCUCGCUUCUCUCAGAAGUUUUUGGAUUGUGUCUUCCUGGAGGAAAGGAUGUCCACAAUGCAAUACUUAGUAGCAUAAAGGAGUUGGCAAAGUUAUUUUCAACUUACCAUGAUGAAGUGUUGGCAAAACGUGCUGAGCUGCUUCAAUUUGCUCAAUGUGCAAUCUCAGGGUUAAAAAUAAAUCCUGAAAUUUCAAGAUUAGAUGAUGAAAUCUUGCAGCUACAACAACGGAUAAAUGGAAUGGACGCUCUUCGAUCUAAUUCGACCAGUAGGCGUAGCAAAGCAUCACAAACAGUCGCGGAGGGUUUCAGAACUGCAGUUAAUGAGAUUCGCUUAUGCUCUAGAAUGGAAGAACUUGUAUUGAUGAAGAAAUCAAUGCAUCAUGGCAACUCAUUCGAGACUUAUUUUGAGAAGGUUAAUAAAUUGAAGGUUUUGUCAGAAUCACUUGCAAAUUCAGCUGCAAAAGCAGAAAGGAGAAUCAUGGAAAAUAGGCUACAAAAGGAGGAAUCUCUUAUUUUCCGAGUUACCAAAACAAAUGAAGUUAGUGUAACUGAAAAGGAAAUACUGGCUGAGAUCUCUGGGCUUCAGAAGCAAAAGGAUCUACUUGAGGAUGAACUAAAGAAAGUAAAUAAUAUACUGAAUGCGGCUGUAAUGAAGCUUAAAAAAACUAGAGAGGAGAGAGACCAAUUCGAUGAAGCCAGCAAUCAGAUUGUGCUGCACUUGAAAGCAAAGGAGGAAGAACUGUCAAGAUCUAUUGCUUCCUGCAAAGUUGAGUCAAGCACUGUCGGUGCAUGGAUCAUAUUUUUAGAAGAUACAUGGAAGUUGCAGUCUUUGUAUGAAGAACUAAGGAAAAAACAAGCCAAUGAUGAACUGGACAAGUGUGCGACUUGCUUUGCAAAAUUGAUUAAUCAUCAUCUUUAUGCACGAGUGGAAGAGCUGAGCACUUGCAUUGAUAGUAUAAAGACCUUUGUUGAUAACUUGAAAAUAUUUGAUAACAGAUCGGUAUCAGCGGAAGAUGGAAACAAUGGUUCGUCCAAGCAAUCAAAUCCACGUAAAUACCUUGAGGAAGAAUAUCUGGAAGCUGAGAAAAAGGUGGUAGCAGCAUUCAGUUUGGUUGAUAACAUCAGAGCAAUAUAUUUGUCCAAUCAAGAUUAUCAAGCCAGGAGAGAUGAUCCUGACGUGAAAAAACUAUUUGCCAACAUUGACAAGCUGCGGGUCGAGUUUGAAUCGGUUCCACGGCCACUGCUGCAAAUCGAGAUCAAAGAAAGAGAAGAGAGAGCAAAGCAAUCUCGUUCCUUGCAGGCUGCUCGCUCAUCAAGACAAGCAGGACACGAGUCCCCAAUACCUGCUCAACUCAGGACACGCCUGCCAUCAGAGUCCGACUCAGAACUGGCGAAAUCUGACCCAGAGUACAGGGAGUAUUCGGCUGAUGACAUAAGUGGGUGGGAGUUUGAUGACCUUGAAGAUGAUGGGGCAAGGCUUUCAGUGAAAUCUAUAUAGGAGGAGCAUCAAAUCUGGGCUCAAGUCCUGAAUAGUUCGUGUAGGGAUAGAAUCACUGGCCCAAAAAUUUGGAGAACGUGUUGUAGUGGAGUGCUGUGUACAAAACUGUACAUUGUAGCCUUCGUUGCCGUAAAGAUUUCUUUGCUUCAUCUUGUGAACGUCGUGUUGUCUAACUGCACAUAUGUCGGACAUUGGUAGGAGAGCCGUUUACGGUUUAUGAUGUGUCGACCUCUGUAUUGACCAUGCGUGUACGUACUUACAAAUUUGCGCCGUAUAUGCUAUCCUGUCCUGCUAAA